AAGGGGGCGAGCCGAGGACGGCGGCCCUGACCUCCUGCCGGUUGGCAGGCCGACCGGCCCGCGGGUGACAGGCGGCAGCAGGCGGCACUGAGAUUUGAAGAACAGAAGCAUGCUUUCCACUGAGACUUAUGCUACCAUUUGUGAUACAGAAUGUCUCUAAGUGAGAAGAAUAGUGUGGUUUUUGCAUAUGAAUCUUCAGUACACAGUACCAAUGUACUUCUCAGUCUUGAUGAUCAGCGAAAGCAAGAUAUUCUUUGUGAUGUUACUAUUUUAGUGGAAGAUCAGCGAUUUCGGGCUCACAAAGCUGUGCUUGCAGCUUGCAGCAGUUACUUCCUUUCAAGAAUUGUGGGCCAAGUGGAUGCUGAUCUUAUCAUCACCUUGCCGGAAGAGGUAACACUUAAAGGAUUUAGUCCUUUGCUUCAGUUUGCAUACACAGCUAAACUUAUUUUAAAUAAAGACAAUGUGUCCGAAGUUUGCAAAUGUGCUGAAUUUUUGGGUGUACGCAACAUUGAAGAGUCCUGCUUUCAGUUUCUCAAAUUCAAAUUUUUGGACUUCAAGUUGGAUCAGCAGGAAUAUCCUAGGAAGAAGUGUUGUACACAACGUUGUCAGAAAGCAAAACCUAAGAUUGCCAAUGUGGAUGAUGGAGACCUAGAAAUAGAUGAUGAAGCAGAAGAACUUUUAGAAAAAGAUUUUCAAACUCCUGAUACAAAGUUCUGUAAAGAUGAUGAAAAUGCUAAAUCAUCAGUGGCUCUCCAAGAUAAUGCAAAUCAAGCAUGUGAUCCUGUGCAGUUAGAAAGGGGUAGUGUUUCCAGCUCAUCUUCCCAGUGCCCAAAGUAUAGGAAAUUCCAGAAAGCAUUUGGAAAUGACAAAGUUCAUGCUUCAGAGUCCAAUUCCAGUAUUAAAGACAUUCAGAUGCCGCCAAUUGCAACUUUACUUGAGAAGGAAAUAUCUGAUAAUGAUGGCAUACAAAAAGCUCAGGAGUGUGUACCUAUGCAGCUGGUCUCAAAAUGUGAAGAGACUCAGGUAAAAAUGGAAGAAGGAGAGGAAGGCCUUGAGAAAAAGGGAGAGUCAAAGAGAGAUUCUGUGACUCAGAUUGCGUCAUGUCCUGUGGAGAAAAUGGAUCUUGCUGCUCUCCCCCAAAACUCUACUGCACCUCAUGGACUCAAUUCUGCAUCUUUUUUACAUACUUGUGAGCAAUAUGGUAACUUGAAUUUCAGUAGUAUGCAAAACACAGUCUUGGCUGAUAAAACUGUAUCAGGUACUAGAGUUGGGAAUGACAAAAUUGAAAGUCAAGAUGACACACUUGCAAAGGUGGAUUUGUGCCCUAGGGAAGCCACUAACAUUACAUCAGCUGGUGAUCGAAGCAGUGUGGAGAGAGAGGUAGCAGAACAUCUAGCAAAAGGAUUUUGGAGUGAUAUUUAUAGCACAGAAGCCUGUCAAAUACAUUUACCACCUGCAGCUCCACAAGAGAGCUUGGAGCCAGCAUAUUCAGGGAAAAAAACAGAGUGCCCAUGGCUGGGUAUCAGGAUCAGUGAAAGCCCUGAACCUUGCUCUCAACGAACUUUUACAACAUUAAAUUCUGUCAACUGUCCUUUUAUAAGCAACCUUAGUACUGAAGGAUGCUCCAACAGCCCUGAAAUAAGCAGUGCAGAUUGUGCUCAGGGACAGCAACAAGAACAGUGUCCCUACAAUUACGUGAUAAGUUUGGGAGAGGAUUCGGAAACUGACACUGAGGGAGAUAGUGAAUCCUGUUCAGCAAGAGAACAAGAAUGUGAGGUAAAACUGCCAUUUAAUGCACAAAGGAUUAUCUCGCUUUCCAGAAAUGACUUUCAGUCAUUUCUGAAAAUGCAUAAAUUAACUCCUGAACAAUUGGACUGUAUUCAUGAUAUCCGAAGACGAAGUAAAAAUAGAAUUGCAGCACAGCGAUGUCGUAAAAGGAAACUUGACUGCAUACAAAAUCUCGAAUCUGAAAUUGAAAAACUGCAAAAUGAGAAGGAGAACUUGCUGAAGGAAAGAAACCUCAUUUUGUCAACUCUGGGUGAGACAAAGCAGAAUCUGACUGGACUUUGCCAGCAGGUGUGUAAGGAAGCGGCCUUGAGUCAUGAGCAAAUACAGAUACUUGCAAAAUAUUCAUCCUCAGAUUGCCCGCUUUCAUUUUUAUUCCCGGAGAGAGAACGAACAGCUCCAUCUGAUAGUGAGCUUGCAAUGCCAGCAUGUAUAGAAUUAGCAGACGGUCUUUCAGGUGUUACACCUACAAAUGAGCAGAGUUCUUGUUAUCAGAUUGUGAAAAGUGUGUGUGAUGCAACAUACGAUCAAGUACGAGAACUGCAUCCGGUUUCUGUGAGAACAGUGGAGAAAGCCACACUUGUGGAACAGUGUGGACAGAGUGGUGGUAUCACAGACUUCUGUCAGCAAAUGACUGACAAAUGCACUACAGAUGAGUGAAUAUAUUCUCCUUUUACUGCCAGCAUCUCAACAUUGCAACUAAAAAUGAGAUUGAGCAUUAUUGCAAAGUAACUUACUGAAAGAAAAGAUGAAACUUUAUCUUUUGAAACUACAUUGACGCUUACAUGGUCAUUAUAUUACUUGGCAAGCUUUGGGUUUGAUCUCUGUAAUUUAGAGUGUAAUUUGUAUGUGUCAGCCUUGGCGCUUUUUCUGUGUAGUGAUGCCAAGGAGAGUUCAGGAAAGCCAUUGGAAAGUAUAAACUGCUCAUAGAUGUUUUAUUUGUGAGGAAGUUUU